AUGUCAACGAACAACAUUGUGGUUGUGGGUGCGGGAGUCACCGGCCUCACAACAGCUCUACUGCUCUCCAAGAAUCCAGCCAACGAGGUCACUGUGAUCGCGAAGCACAUGCCCGGAGAUUAUGACAUUGAAUAUGCAUCUCCAUGGGCCGGUGCUAGCUACAUGCCCUUCGGUAAAAAGGGAAGCGACCAUGCCGAGUGGGAGCGAGCUACCUGGCCGGCGCUGCGGGAUUUGGCGGAGAAUCAACCGGAAUCGGGUAUUCACUUUCAAGAUAUUACAAUUCAAAAUCGCCUCAAGGAUCAGGAUACCGCUACCGGUCAGUGGUCUGCAGAGUUGACCUCGGCCAACCCCUGGUUCAAGGACUUUGUUCUAAACUUCCAAAAUCUGCCUAGCGAUCAGCUACCACCAGGUAUCGACAAUGCUCAGAAAUUUACUUCCGUCUGCAUCAACACUGCAAUCUACCUUCCAUGGCUGGUCAGUCGGUGUAUGAAGAACGGCUGUGUAUUCAAAAGAGCUGCGUUGAAACACAUCUCCGAGGCUGCCGAGGCACAUCACACUGGUAGCAAGGCCGAUGUCGUUGUCAAUUGCACUGGUUUGGCCUCUCGUACUCUCGGUGGAGUGGUCGACGAUCAAGUCUACCCUGUCCGUGGCCAGAUCAUGAUCGUGCGGAAUGAUCCUGGCUCAAUGACCUCUAUUUCCGGCUCUGAUGACGGCGGAGAUGAGGUUUCUUAUAUCUUCCCCCGAGCGGCAGGUGGUGGCACUGUGAUUGGCGGGACUUAUCAGAAGAAUAACUGGGAUCCGUUGCCAGACCCGAACUUUGCAAACAGAAUCAUGCAGCGCGCCCUCAAGCUUGAUCCGCGACUUGUGAAGGAGGGGCAGGGUGUUGAAGGCUUGGAUAUUGUAAGGCAUGGAGUUGGCUUGCGUCCGGCUAGAACUGAUGGCCCCCGGAUCGAGAAAGAUCAAGUGAACGGUGUCAAAGUCGUGCACAAUUAUGGCCAUGGAGGGUUCGGAUAUCAGGUUUCUUUCAGCUGUGCUGAGAAGGCUGCCGGUCUGGUCAACGAGAUUCUCCAGCAGAAAGACCGAGCCAAGCUAUAG